UUAAUUACAGAACAGUAAUAAAAGAGUGUCACUGGCAACGUAAGUGAAAGGAAAAAGGUUAAUCUUUCCGUAUACGGCUUAAUCAUUUCUCUGAAUAUUAAAAAAAAAAAGCCUGAAAUUAUUUCAUUAAAUACAUACAUUAGCUUCUCUCCUCCAUUUCUCUCAGAAUAUUUGUCGAUCAGCUUUGAUUUUGAUUUGAUUUCAUAUAGUUUAAUUUUUAUAUCACCCGUUUGGUUUAUUCGAUGAAGAAGCAAGAAAAAGAUUCGACAGCUGAAAUCGCUAUAAUCGUGGAGGAUUCGUCUUCUCCUCUUCCUCCACAUUCUCAGGUGAACGAAAAACCUACUGAAGAUUUCAAGAGUUCUCAAUCAAGCGGAACCAACUUGGAUAUUUCUAUACAAAUACCCCUUAGGCCACUUCCAUUUGUUGGCGGACAUAGCCCAAAGAGUUCUCUAAAGUCCAUAACUUCAUUCAAAAGUCGCAGUACAUCAUCCUCACCAAGAGGAAUCUUGCGGAAUCUAAGCUUGAAAAAGAAAGUUGCAGCUCAUCCUGAAAGCGAGAGAAGCUCUCUACUAUCUCCCGGUUCCAUGGAAACAUCUAAACCCCUAAACACUGACGGUUUAACGACUUCUCCUUAUUGGAAAAGAUGUUUGUCGCUUCCAUCUAAACAUGCCGCAAAGUUGUCUCCUGUGGUAUCUGCUCAGGUUCCAGUUGGUGUGCCCGGUGAACCUCCUAACAAAGUUCCUACUUAUCCAGCAGUUCCAAGGUCCUUGUCCAUGCCUGGGAUAAACAAAGUGAUUGUUAGAUCCAUUUCUUUUGAAAACCACAAAGCUCUUGUUUCCUCUGUAACAAACUCAGAUCAAGUCUCUCCCGUUCCUACAGAAGAAACAGAUGAAGAAAUUCCAGAAGAAGAAGCGGUGUGCAGGAUCUGUCUGGACGUGUGCGAAGAAGGCAAUACUCUAAAAAUGGAGUGCAGCUGCAAAGGUGACCUCAGACUUGUUCAUGAAGCGUGUGCCAUUAAGUGGUUUAGUACAAAGGGGACAAGAACAUGUGACGUCUGUAGACAAGAAGUUAAAAACUUACCAGUUAUAUUACUUCGUGUGCCUACAAUUAAUCAACCAAAUAACAUGCGUGACCGUAGUCAACAGCAUAUGCAGUCACAAACCGCUAGUGCUUGGCAGGAGUUUGUAGUGCUGGUUCUAAUAAGCGCCGUCUGUUACUUCUUCUUCCUCGAGCAAUUACUGAUUCGGGACUUGAGCACGCAAGCUGUCUACAUAGCAGCGCCGUUUUCAUUAAUGCUGGGCCUCUUAGCAUCCCUUUUUGCCAUUGUCUUAGCUAUCAGAGAAUAUAUAUGGACAUACGCAGCACUUGAGUUUGCUCUUGUGGGCAUUUUGGUUCAUCUAUUAUAUUCUAUGGUUGGACUACAGCCGAUGUAUUCUAUACUGUUUGCAGGGAUUCUUGGUUUUGGGAUUGCCGUGUGCUUAAACUCGUUGUACCUUCAUUAUUUUGCGUGGCGUAUGCGUGUUGCAGAAAACUCAACUCAAGUAUGA